CAAAACAAAAAAAAAAUAACGAAAAUUCGAGGUUAUGUUAUUAUUAUUGUAGCUGGAACAACGGAAAAUAUUGUAAAAAUGUUUGCUAAGGACAACAAAUUUUUCGCAUAUAUCAAUUCUUUACAAACUUCUUUUAAUAUAGUAAGGAAAAGAAGAUCUUUUAAGUAUGGUGUACCAUUUAUACUAUUUGUAGUCGGUGGAUCGUUUGGUUUACGAGAAUGGACACAAAUAAGAUACCAAUUUUCACAAGUAAAAGGUGUCAGUAGGGAGCAAGCAGAGAAAAUGGGCUUAAAUAAGGCCAAAGAAGUCACUUUAGAGGAUACCUAUGAAGAGAUACAAAAGCUAGAUAUUGAUAAUUGGGAGAACAAACGUGGCCCUAGACCAUGGGAGCUGCAGGAACAAAAAUCGCAGAAGAAAUAAAGGAAUAGGUAUACAGUGACUCACAAGCAAAUAAAAAUUACCAGUGAUUUAAUUAUCAUGUAGAAUGUUAUACUAAGUUCAUGUAAUUACCACUAAUUAUUUAAUUAUGUAUUAAAAUGAGUUAAAAUUAA